GAAAGCUUCGUUUAUAGUUGAAUCCAACCAGGACAAACAUUCCCUUGUCGCAAUAGGGAAUCCUGACGAGACCCUGCAAUUCCUCAGUCCCGCUUUAAGGUUGAAGUUCCUCGUCCUUCCACUUCGUUCAAAAGCAUGGCAUCUUCAUUUGACUAACGUUAACAUAUAACUCUGCCCGUAUGUGCUGCUGCUACUAAGUCCCCUGCUGUUAAUUAAUGGCGACUGGUAAUCAUUUUCAUUAUAUCUCUCAGAAAAUUGCCAAACCAAAGUUGAUAUUAUGAUCCCAAUCCCACCAUUAUGUAUAUAAACACACGUGGACAGGAUAUGUAAUGAUAUCUAUAGUUCAAUGGCCUGCGUGGAAAGGUGAUUAAGUUGGAAAAAUGCAACAAAUACCAAUGAACGGCAAAAUCUUCAUCAUAUUAGUAUAUCAAAGCACUACCAGAGGAGAUUCUUUUUCUGCCCAUAAGCCUUCCACUUCUCUGAACGGUCCAUAUAUUUCUUUCUUUUCGGCUUUAGGGAAUAAGAACGUCAACCGAAACCUGCAAAAACCCAUUUGCGAAAUUCCUAUAUAUACCAACUCUUACCAAGGCUUCUUGCAACAAAUAUUGAAACUUGGAAGAAAAUUGAUGAUAUCAACCAUUACCAUCAUCUAAUUUCUACUUCUCUCUUUUUACCAUUUCUCCGUUGCUUUAAUUUUACAUCUUUCAUUUCAUCUAUUCUCAUUGCAUGGUAUUGACAUUAAAGAAAUAAGCAUUUUCUUCCCUUUUCAAGUUGCGUCAUCCUUUAUACCAAUAAGGUUCAUCACGAAACUUUCCAUGUCUAUCUGCCAACAAACACAUCAUCAAGUGCUCGAUAUUCCCGCCGGCAGGCUCAAAAUGGACAUUGUAAAUCCUAGGUGGCAGAAAGCAAAGGUGGUGAUUUUAAUGGGGGCAACUGGCACUGGCAAGUCCAGACUCUCUAUAGACCUGGCAACCCAAUUCCCAGCAGAAAUCAUCAACUCUGAUAAAAUGCAAGUUUUCAAGGGCCUUGAAAUAACGACCAACAAAAUCACUGAAGAAGAAAGAUUCGGAAUACCUCACCACCUGUUAGGAGAAGUAAAUCCUAAUGCAGACUUCACAGCAAAAGAUUUUUGCAGUAUGGCUUCCCUUGCUAUUGAAUCGAUUUCGACUCGGGGCUUACUUCCAAUUGUCGUUGGAGGCUCCAAUUCAUACAUUGAGGCCCUGGUGGAUGAUGACGAUUAUAGAUUCCGAUCAAAAUACGAGUGUUGCUUCCUAUGGGUAGAUGCGUCAAUGUCUGUCCUAAACGAUUUCCUGUGCAAGCGAGUUGAUGAAAUGGUUAGCAAAGGAAUGGUUGAUGAGGUAAGGAAAAUCUUCGAUCCCUACGCAGAUUACUCUAAAGGGAUCAGGAGAUCGAUCGGGGUCCCAGAGCUGGACAAGUACUUGAGAGCUGAAGCAUUUUCCAACGGAGAGAACUGUGACAGACUAAUUCUUGAAGCAAUACGUGAGGUUAAAAAUAACAACUGCAAGUUAGCUCGUCGCCAAUUGGAGAAAAUCCGCCGGCUGAAGAAUGUGAAGGGGUGGAACAUUCAUCGAAUUGACGCCACUAAAGUGUUUCAGAAGCGAGGAAAUAUGGAAGCCGAGGAUGCGUGGGGGAAGCUUGUGGCCAGACCCUGCAGCGCCAUUGUUAGAGAGUUUCUUUCUAGUGUUACAGCAGCCGCUGCAGGAAUAACCAAAGAUUACAUUGCACGGUGUCUUGUCUCCUAAAUUCAAUAUAUUAUUAUCCUUAUUUCACAGAAAAUUAUCAGUAUACCUAGAGCAAUAAAUUUUAGUACUCAUCCUUACACUUACAUAAAUGUGAUCCUUUUAUAAAUCAUAGGAAAUAGAUCCACAUUUAUGAAGUAGCACAUGUAUUGUAGAAUUUGCACUUAUUUCACCAUGAUCGGUCA